UUGUCUCCCCGGAACUAAGUUUGUGCAGCCGCGGGACCGCGUUGUCGCGACGGACCCGUUUUGAUUCCGGCCGUCCGAGUGCGCUUCCGGUUUCUGUGGCUGCUGAGUCUUGGGGGCCGUGAGGCUGUGGAGGACCCCGACCAGGAAGGAUGAGCGGCGCCUUGGGGAAGGUGCUGUGCCUGAGGAAAGAUGCCUUUUCAAAACAGGCCCUUUCACUUGUAAGGUUUCAACUGAGAGAAGAGAAUCCCAGCUCUUCAGCAGGAAACAUUUUACUAAACACCAGCCGGUCCUACAAGUCAAAGCCCACCCAUGGCAUUGGCAGGUACAAGCACCUGAUUCUUCCAGCUGAGUCCAAGAAGAAAAUAGGGAAGACUGAGAUGAAACCAAUUUCCCAGGGGACAGAUCACAGUUAUGGAGUGUUAAAUGUUCACCUGAUAGCUUAUGACAUGACCCUGGUGGAGAACUACGCCAAGUAUGUUCACAAGCUUUGCAACGACUACUCCAUUAAAGUGGAGGAGAGUUAUGCUCUGCCCACCAAGACCAUGGAAGUAUUGCAGAUGCAGGAGCAAAGCAACAAGAUGUUAUUGGAUUCAGUCCUUACUACCCAUGAACGAGUGGUCCAGAUCAGCAAUUUGAGUUCCACAUUUGCAGCAAUUUUCUUGGAAAUUCUUCAAAGCAAUCUGCCAGAAGGAGUCAAUCUGUCAGUAAGGGAGCACACUGAGGAGGCUUACAAAGAGCGGUUCAAAGCUCGGCCAGAACUGGAAGAAUUAUUGGCCAAAAUGAACUAAGAGAUAGUGGACAUGGUUGAUGUACCUGCUGAAUGAAUUACAAGAUUACCUGCCUAAUUACAAGAUCGAAGGUGUAGAGAUGGACUCUUAAAGACCUUCAACUUCUGUUCCCUCAGCCAGAGGAGCUACCAGUUUCCUUCACUGCAUUUACUGUUUGUAAAUUAAAAAGAAAUCCGUUUCUACAUGGAGGGAUCAUCUUAAAAGUGUAAAUCAUUAAAUUUAUAUAGGCUAGAGAAGAAUGGACAGUGGAGGGCAGGGCAGGAAUAUGAGCCCUGUAUUCAAAAUUCUGAAGAGUUGUAAUGGAGCAAAGUGAAAAAAUUGGUUCUUUAGUAGCUACAAGAACCUUGAAUUUCCAUCCCCACCUCACUUCAAGAGAUUCUUUAUGUGGCUUUUUUGAGAAAUGAUUAUUAAUAACCAAUAUCUUAGGGAGAUGAGAAGCUCUUUCAUUUUUCUAAAUUCCUCAUUUUUAAAAAUUGCUUUUUCUUGAAGGACAUCACUUAUAGUGAGACUGUAUUGGCUCUUCUUAUCUUGGUCAGACAACACCCAACCUUGCAGGGAAUAUUUAAUCUAGAGAGGGGAAACCCUUUGUGUCCUACUCAAGCUUGGGUGGGAACCAACCUUUUAUCUAAAUAGACUAAUGUUCUGAAUAGAGAUAAUUACUCCAUCCAGGGGUCACUCUCUGUCCCUCAUUGAAAAAAAAGAUUCUUUGAAUUGAUAGCCUAAACCCAUGGGUGGUCUGGCAUAGAGAUUUUUUCCCUAUCCAACAGACACUCAAGCAUUCAUUUUAAUAUAGUCUACCUCCAAUCAUUAAUUAGAUUUGAUUGCUGUUUGAUGGACUACCUUCUGUUUUGAAGAGUCCUGCCAUCACAAUUGUCUUUGGUCUAAGAGAUACUGCCAAAUGACCAUCCUUUUAUUAUUAAGCUGCUGGCCUUAUUAAUAAAAUGAUUAAAUUACCCAGAAACUAUCUCAUUAACCUUUUUAAGCUUCACAUUUUUCUCACUGAUUUUAACGUGAUGGAUCUUACUGCCCCAUGUUAACCACUAGACUCAUAGCAGUUUGCUUCUGCUACUAGCAUCAUGGAGUUUGACCAACCUGUGCAGAAUAAGUAGUCCAAGGGAUGGGGGGGACUACUUCUCAGUUGCUGCUGAGCCUCUGUAGUAUAGGUGGUACCAACGUGGUGCUCACUGAGCUUUCAACACUCCCAAGCUGCUUCCCAAUGCAAAACCUCCUGUUGUGGCCUCCAGGGAAAGACAGGAGGAAGGGACUUCAUUAAUCAUGUACUUUGGACUCUACUUGAACAGGAAUCCUCUUUAUCUACAGCAUAACCUAAAGGAAGUGACCCAAACUCUUGUUGACUUCCAGUGAUGGGAAUCAGAUAGCAUUUAUCACUAUGUUCCAUAAGAUUUCUUGUUACUGUUGUUGACAUUAAUAUUGAAUAUCAAUAUAUUAAUGGAUUUGUGAUCUUGAGGAAUCCUUGGUAGCUAGACAGACAUUGACAGAAAGAGCCUGAAUUACUGUAUACAGUCUGAACGCCUAGCUACUCCCCUAAGCAAGUGGGGAAGAGCACUGGUGGGAUCAUCUGAGCCUUAUGGAGGGCCUUUUCCUCUUCACUAGGUCUUUUGUUCCUCUCAUUGACAAAAACCAUCAUAACUAAUCAGAAAGCCAAGGUAUGAGGUCAGGCUCCCUUCCCCUUAUAUUUCCCCUAUUAAAAACCCUACCUGUACUUCACUAAUUAAUUAACUCCUUUUUGUGAUUAGUCUACUUGGUAAGCAUUCCAAUAGAUAACCACUUUUAGAGCUCUAAUUCCUUUUGGGGUUAGCCUAUCAUUAAUCCCCCACUUGUGUCUAAAUCCAUCUCCCCCAUAAUGAUAUUUUUCUUCUUAAUGGAGUCUUAGGCCCCUUGUUUAUUGUUAAAACCCCUUUCCUUGCUAAGAAUCUUUAUGGAUUUAGCCUUCUUCUAGCAGUGUAAUAAACUCUUUGCCCUUUGAUUUGGAAAAGAUCUAAACCUACAAAUUCUUUUAAACACUGACCAGUAAACCCAAUAUACUUUUGUGGUACAACACCCCUGAACCCCAACAAUCUCUUGACUAUGAAUAUUGUCUUCUAACUUGAAAAUCACAGCCCAUCCUGGUGAUUCUUGUCCUCAUUCUUUCACAGAUUUUUCAACAAGCUAGGUUUUCUCUAGAUUUAUUUUUACAUUUUGAGAGUACCUACAGAUCUUUCAGGCUGUUUAUUUGAUCAUAAAACUGCAUGUCAUACUCUGGAUAGUAAACUUUUUUUGCUCAUUUAAAUUUUCUUGUAUGGAAAACAGUACACAAAUUGAUCUCUUCUGUAUGAUCAUGGGUCUUAUGACGGAGGCCACGGAAUGUUAUAUGCUUGAUGUAAUCAGUAUAGUAAUCAAUAUAAUAUUGUCUAUUAAUAGACAUCUUAGGAGGAUGCUACAAAUAUAGGUAAUUCCUGUUCCACUGAAUUAUAUACUAGGUGUGUCAAACACUUGGCCCACUCACCUGCAACCCACACUCCUGAAUGAAGUCUAAAUAGCAAAUGUCUAAUAAAAUACAGUAAAACAGAUAAUAUUACAUUUUAAAACUUGGUCAACAUGCAGUUGCAGUGAUUCUUAUAUACAGAUUAGUGG